GGAUCACGAUGAAUGCGUCUCGGUGUUGACAGGGCUCCGUCUCUGGCACAGUCAGCAGCUGCAGGGUGGUCUGCAAGGAUACAUCUUAAAUCCAGUGUUCAGAGACAACCUGAGAACAGCUCUGCUUGGAGGGGGCACAGCAUGGGCGGACGAAGGCAGCAGUCUGGGUCCUGAUCGCCACGCGCGGGACAUCGAGAGCCUCGAUCGCUACGCCCUGGAGCGCUGGGAGGUGAUCCUGCAGUUCAUGGUGGGCUCCCCCUGCGCCGUCAGCCAGGACCUGGCUCAGCUGCUGGUCCAGGCAGGCCUCAUGAGAAGUGAGGCAGGAGAGGCUCCAUACAUCACGUCAGCUGGUUUCCAGUUCCUCCUGCUGGACACUGCCUCUCAGCUGUGGUACUUCACCCUCCAGUACCUCAAAACUGCUCAGUCCAGAGGGAUGGACCUGGUGGAGAUCCUAUCGUUCUUGUUCCAGCUCAGUUUCUCUACACUCGGCAGAGAUUACUCCGUGGAGGGGAUGAGCGAGUCGCUGCUCACCUUCCUGCAGCACCUUCGGGAGUUUGGACUGGUCUUCCAGAGGAAGAGGAAGUCACGGCGGUACUACCCGACCAGACUGGCGAUCACUCUGGCUGCUGGAGUCACCACCUCCUCCUCCAGCCUCUCAUCCACUCAAGGCCCUGGAGAAACAGGCUUCAUUGUUGUAGAGACCAAUUAUCGAGUCUACGCCUACACAGAUUCAGAACUUCAGAUUGCUCUGGUGGCUCUCUUCAGUGAAAUGCUCUAUCGCUUCCCCAACGUGGUGGUGGCUCAUCUCACAAGAGAGUCGGUUCAACAAGCUAUUGCUAACGGGAUCACAGCACAGCAGAUCAUCCACUUUCUGAGGACCAGAGCUCAUCCUGUAAUGCUGAAACAGACCCCGGUGCUGCCUCCAACCAUAACGGAUCAGAUCAGACUGUGGGAACUCGAGCGAGAUCGCCUGCAGUUCUCAGAGGGAGUGCUCUACAACCAGUUCCUGUCCCAGGUGGACUUCGAGGUGCUGCGAGACAGAGCUCAGGGUUUGGGCUGUCUGGUGUGGCAAGACGUGGCUCACAGAGUGAUGGUGGUGACGACGGAAGGACACAGCGAGGUCAAGAGGUUCUGGAAACGACAGAGGUCUCACACGUAACUGGACCUGUUGUAUCACUUCAAGGACACUCUUCUGGACAUUUGUAGAUGUAAAAAAAACAACAACAACAACUUUAAAUAACUGUAUUUGUGUUUUUUUAUAAAAUGUUGACUUUGGAUUAAACUAAUUUUCUUGCUCAUUUUUU